UUCUCAAUGCACUACAGCUCAUAUUGACAACACGCCAAAAAAAUGGCAGAUCUAGGACCAAGUAAAAUUGACAUUGCUGAAGUAUUUAAAAGAUUAAGAUCAAUACCAUCAAACAAGACAUGUUUCGAUUGCAAUGCAAAAAAUCCAGCUUGGUGCAGUGUAACUUAUGGUGUUUUUCUCUGCAUCGACUGUUCUGCUGUUCAUCGUAGUCUUGGUGUUCAUUUGACCUUUGUUAGGUCUUCUCAAUUAGACACAAAUUGGACAUGGUUACAACUUAGAAAUAUGCAAGUUGGUGGAAAUGCUAAAGCUAGAGCUUUUUUUACAAGAUAUAAUUGUACAACAACUGAUGCACAACAAAAAUAUAAUUCACGUGCAGCUAAACAAUAUAAAGAUGCACUUUAUCAAUCAGCAAAUGAUGCUAUGCGUCGUUAUGGUACUAAGCUUCAUUUGGAUGAUCAUGUUGAUGUAGUAGAUGAAGAAACACCUGAGGUAGAUUUUUUUACUGAACAUGAUAAUUUUGAUGAACUUAAACCAACUCCAGUUAUCCAACAAAAACCACUAGUGAUUGAUAAUGAACAGAGUGUUAAUAAAACUGAAUUAAAAACACAAAUUACACCAGACACAUUGGCUAAUUCAUUUGGUCCAUCAGUUAAAUUAUCAGACUCAGUUUCAACUUUGCAAAAUGAAAGAAAAUCAACGAUAGGAGGUAGAAAAAUACAACAAAAAAAACCAGGUCUUGGUAAAAAAACUGGAGGUUUUGGUGCACAACGUGUAAAAACAAAUUUCGAUGAACUUGAAAAAAGUGUUGCUGAAGCACAAUCCCAAGAUGUUCGUGAACCUUCUACAACUUUAUUUGGUAAUGAUGAAAAAGAACAAGCUGAUAUUGACAGUAGACUUGCAUAUAAAUAUGAAAAAAAUUUAUCAGAACAAGCUAAAAUAAUUAAUGAAAGAACUAAAAAUUAUGAUUCUAAAAAAGCAUCACAAGCUGAACGUCUUGGUAUGGGAAUGAAUUCACGAAGUGGAGCAAGUCAUUCAGCUUUUGGUGAUAUGAAAGUAAUAGUCCAAGAAUCAUCAAGUCGUAAAAUGAAUACAACAGAAACAAAAUAUAAUCCACGUGAUGAUGCUGAAAUUGAUACAGAUACAACACGAUUAAAUGAUUUGGAUGAUUUUUUUUCAGCUAUAAAUACAUCAUUUUCAUCAAAAACAAGCUUUAAAUCAGUUAAUGAUGAAUAUGUUGUUAUUUCUGAGCCUGAAAUGCCAAAAAGAGCAUCAUCAAAAUCAAUGUUUGAUAAUAAAAAUGAUAGUAAAACAACUAAAUCAUCAUCAUCAUCAAAUGAUAGUGAAGCACAAAAAAAAUUUGGUGAUGCAAAAGCCAUUAGUUCUGAUCAAUAUUUUCGUGACAAAUCAGAUGAUAAUAAUUGGGAACGUAAAACUAAUUUACGACGUUUUGAGGGUUCAUCAUCAAUAUCAUCAUCUGAUUAUUUUGGAUCUGGUAAUGAUGGUUCAUCAAUGAAUAAUAAUUGUUCAUCACGUGGUGGUAAUUUUAGUAGUGGAAGUGGAGGAGGUGGUGGUGGUGGUGUUGGUGGAACAACAGUUGAUCUUGAUGAUGUACGUGAAAGUGUACGUCAAGGUGUUCAUAAAGUUGCUGGUAGAAUAAGUUCACUAGCAAAUGCAGCUGUUUCAUCAAUUCAAGAUCGUUAUGGAAUUUGAAUAAUAAUUUUAAUUAACAAACAAACAACAAAUUAUUCCGCAAAAUGAUGUUAUUAAGUGGUUGAUAAUAAGAGAAAUGAAAUAUUCAUAAAUCAUUGAAAAUUUCUUUCUCUAUCUAUUGUUACUUGAAUAUACAUAUUAUAUACAUUUAUUAAGAUU